CAAUCCAAUGUUUUCAGUCUCAGAAGGAUUGCGUGCGCUACCAGACGUCUAUGUACAUGACGUUGACUUAUGAAAUCUGUUGUCCUCAUCAUCUCUUGUCCUAUUCUUCAUCUUGUUCUUCAUUUUUCAUCCAUUAACCCAUCACUUUAACUUCUUUCAUUCCUGUCCUUCCCAACCUACCUAGGUCACUCGCUUUGCCAGAGGUUGAUCAGGCAUGUUACGGCCGACUUCUUGGCUGAGCCUAGGGCUCUACCUGGCGUCCCUAACUCAGGCUCGAACCAUCCUUGGGCGCCAGACGGAAACAGCACCGGAAAAUGAUACGCCUGCCCAACUGAUCACCGGCUUGGACGGAGUUGUUCGCUUGGACUCGACCUCUGGUUCUCCUGCGAUCGUAACACUCGAUUACAAUCGUAGUGUAGAAGGCAUUCCGACUUUCGAGGUGCUAGCAGCCGAUGGGGACACAUCCGUUUUCGAAAUCACCUAUGGAGAAAGCUAUGGUGCCCUGAGUAAUUACAUGUCGGACGGACCUCUUCCGCUCGCUGCAGCCAUGGAUACCUAUCGUGUGAAUCGAUACAGCAUCGCAGAGCCAGGUACCAAAUCGAACCGUCUCGUGCAGGGCGCUUUUCGCUUCCAGAGACUCAACUUGUCUUCUCCUGGAGUCCUGACGCUGAGAAAUGUCGGCGUGCAUCCUACCACCGACAACACUGCCGUUACGCAAUUGCCCGGAUCCUUCCAUUCCGACCACCUCAAACUUAAUGCCAUAUGGGAGACUGGAGCCCGUACCGUCCAGAUGACCGAAAUUCAGAAAGACAGCACCCCGGACUUUUGGGAGGUGACUUCAGAGGGGGCCUCAGUAGACAGCCUUGCGCCACAGGUGCUGGGGAGCGCGGCGGCCGCCCAGCUCCUGUAUUACAAUGUCGAAUUCAAGGUCAAGCCUGUCAUCGGUGGUUUUGGCUUCACGGUGCUGUCGGAUACGUUGAACUCAGGUAUCUACAUCUCAUGUGAUGUCGCCAACGGUCUCAUCAGCGCGCACAAAGGUUCCACCACGUUUGACGAGAAGCUGGCCGAAUCGGCACUCCCGUCAAAUCUCACGGGUGGCCUUGGAGCAUGGCAUACCGUUCAUGCCGUCGUGGCCGUAACAGACAUCACCGUGUCUAUUGAUGGCAUCCCUGCAAUGAAACUCUCACAGACGGCGCGGUUUUUUGGGUCUUUUGGCCUCGGCGCCUCAUUCGGCCACCAAGCCAUCUUUCGGGAUCUCUUCGUAUCGACUCCCACCGAAGACAAGUUUUACGCUAAUUCACUCACCGACAAGAGUUUUCUGCCCGAUUUCUUUAUGGGAACCAAUCCGGCAGCUGUGGUGGUCGAUGGUUCCCGGCGUGAUCGUAUCGCCUACGCCGGCGACCUCGAUAUCGCCGCCAGAUCUGCCCUCACCAGCACUCACAACCUCGAGUCCAUCCUCGGGUCCUUGGACCUCUUGGGUUCCUACCAAGCAACCCCUGGCUUCUUUAUCCCGAAUGCCAAAAUCCAACAGGAGCCCUUGGCUAACGGCCUGGAUGUGAACAUCACGGGCUUGAUUGGGUACUCAUUCAACUUGGUAACGGCAGUAGCCGCUGUGUUUAUGCACACUGGUGAUGUCGCAUUUGCUACGACUUGGGCCCCCAAAGUGCAGAAGCUACUAGAGUGGGCAGACUCGCAGACGCUCGACAACGGCCUCUUCAACAUCUCAGACGCUUCUUUUGGUGGCGAUUGGAACUACUACGAUCCGACGCAGUCUGGCGUCGUCACCAAGUUCAACGUCCUGUACGCCUAUGCCCUGCAGGAAACCGUGCAGCUCUUGGCGGCUGGCGGCAUUGAGCCCACAGUCUAUCAGGAACGUCUGGAGAAGAUUCGCGAUGCCAUGGACACAGCGCUAUGGAGCGACGAAUUGGAGGCCUACUACGUUUCGGAAGCGAUCCAGACUGGAUUUGCCCAAGACUCCAACGCUCUAGCCAUUCUAGCCGGUGUUAACAGGAAUCCCACUCACUCUACCGAGACCAUUCUCUCUACGCUGUCCAAAGUUCUCAUGUCGCCUGUUGGACCGCAUGCUUUCUCUAGCAGCGCAAUCAAGGCCGGGUUCCAACCCUACAUUAGCCCGUAUGCGUCUUCCUACCAUUUGCGGGCUGCCCUGGCUUCCAACGCAAGCGAGGCCGCUCUUGAGCUGCUCAACAAUCUUUGGGCUCCCAUGGCCGAUCCGGCCCACGAGAACUAUACCGGAACCUUCUGGGAGACGUUGGAUGCCGAGGGAAGGCCGGGCCUCGGUCUCACUACCAGUUUAUGCCACGGCUGGGCGACUGGCCCCACCGCCGAGCUGACACAGUCGUCUUGGGCGUCCGACCGACGCAGCCGGGCUGGAAGGAAUUCGCGGUCGCUCCCCUUACCUUAGGACUACAGUCCGCCAACGGAACGAUGCCGACCUUGCUAGGAACCUUUAGAGUUGCGUGGAACUUUAGCUGCUCUGGGUUGUUGAGUAUGGAGAUCGAUGCGCCUAUCGGAAGCUCGGGAACGGUGUCUUUGCCGACACCUCUACGGACCCCGGUGGAACGAUCUACUUUCAUGAUUAACGGCCAGGCUGUCAAUGGCAAGACGUUCACUGUGAUGGGAGGAACAAGGUUUGUUUUGAAGCAGAACCGCAAGCUGUAAGCCUUUGAAAUCGUGUCACCGAGUCUUGUUAGUGGACUGAGAAGAUCGGACCUUCGUUCCUCGUUGCUAUAUGGUACGAAUGGAACGGACAC